AUGCGCUGUCAGCUCACCCACGUCCCCUGUCUGCUCGCCACUGCCGACGCUCUAACUCUCGGCAAACGCCAAACGGCAAACAGCUAUGGAGAACUGCCUGAUACACCGGAAGAUGUCGCCACUUUAGAGGCGCGCACCGAUAUUGUAGUUGUUGCCGGCAUGGUUACAACUGGACUGACCGCCACGCUUUCGAUCCUGACAAUCGCCAACUACCUUGCUGAGCAUAUCAAGUAUCAAUCCGAAAUCAAGAGCUGCUCUGUCAUCUCUGGAAAUUUCGAAGACGCCGUUUGGCAAUACGUUGCGACGACCUCUGGUAAUAAUUGCGACACAACUGCGCAGACGAAGACGAUCAAAAAUGCGGUUCAAAGAGAGCUAGAGUGGAUGGAGAGAAACCGAUAUACAUCGGCCUGCUUCAAGAUGGACCAUGGCGGUACCUGGGAGGGACACCUCAAAAUCUCAUUGGCCGGAGUACCACUUGCCUCCGAUGGCAAGUGCAAUGAGGUCAAGUACGAUAACAUAUAG